AUGGAUCUUUUUCACUCGGCAGGGUUUGCGUCAUAUGUGACAGAGUUGAUGAAGCAGCAGCAUGUCCCAGGUCUGGCGAUUGCAAUCAUACACAAUGAUGAAAUUGUCUCUGCGGGAUAUGGAUAUGCGAGCCUGGAUCCCGAAAUACCUUGCACAGCAGAUACGCUGUUUGACAUUGCAUCGUCUUCUAAAUCACUCACUGCUGCGGCGGUGGGAUUGCUAGUCGACGAUAAUGACAUGUUCCCGGAUAUUCAGUACGAUACCGUAAUGUCGUCUCUUCUCCCCGAAGACUUUGUCAUGUCUGGAGAAGGAUACACAGAAGGAGUCACUGUGGAAGACAUCUUAAGUCAUAGAAGUGGAAUGGCUAGCCAUGACGAUUCGUAUAUGAGUGUGCGAGCGGCAAAGCCAGACAAUGCUCGAUCCAUUACGAGAAACCUCAGGAAUCUCCCUGUCGCUGCUCCCAUUCGAUCAAGGUAUAUUUACUGCAACAUGAUGUAUACAGUGGCAACCCAUCUUGUAGAAGUUAAGAGUGGACAGGAUUUUGGUACAUUCCUCGAAGAGCGAUUUUUCAAGCCUCUGGACAUGUCAUCAACUACUCUUCAACCCAGCAGCGCACGAUCAAAAGGAUUUGAAUCCCGCAUGGCAACGAGCUACACAUGGAAAAGAGCCGACUCAACAUAUCGUGGGUUAGAAAAUUCAGACUACCCAGAAGGCCAAGGUGCAGGGUCUAUCAUUUCGAGUGUGAACGACUUCAUCAAAUUUGUCAAGGCUUUUAUCAAUCGCGAAGACCCUAUCAAUAAAAAUGUUUAUGAAGGGCUCACUCGCCUGCGAACUUUUGUGAAUCCAAACCCAGGAAGACGGAAGCGGCACACCUCACCGGUAGCAUACGCUGCUGGCCUGGAUAUCUACUUUUACAAGGGACAUAUGGUUGUCGGCCAUAAUGGAUUAUUCUCUGGAUUCGGAAGUCGCUUCUUCUUUCUCCCUGAUUUCGCAUUCGGUGCUGUGAUUAUGGGAAAUUCAGAUGGGGUAAAUGGCAUUGCGACGACCCUUGGCCAAAAGUUAAUUGACAAUCUCCUUGGAGUCACGGACGAAAGACCUCAAGACAGCAAAAGCAAAGCCGCACGACCUGUUGAUAUUCGCCCCAAAACCGAGGCCGAGCCGAAAGAUGCAAAUCCAAUGAGUAAGAAUCAGGAAAAGAAGGAGAAGAAAAAGCAGGAAAAGAAAACCCAAGCGAAGAAAAACCAAGGUAUCCAGAAGGGCCAAAUGAAUGAACAAAGUCCAAAAGGGAAUACUCAGCCCCCGGCAAUGCCUCUCAGUGCUUACGUUGGCAAUUACUGGAAUCCUGGGUAUCAUAACUUACUGGUUCAAAUCAGAGAUGAUGCGCUGUUCGUCGAUGCUACAGAUCGCUCAAUGGGGUUUACCUUGAAAUUCGAACAUGUGUCCAAUGACCGAAAAUUCGAUGCUCGUCUUACUGAUUGGCUCGAUGGUAGUGAUGACAUCGUAAAAGCGGAGUUUGUAAUAGAAGAUGCCCAAGUUACAAGGUUGGGUCUGCGUUUAGAGGAAAUGCUGAAGGAGAUGAUGUGGUUCGACAAGAAGGAUGAAGUUUUUUCUUGA